AUGUCCUUAAUUAGACCGUUGAUCGGCAAGACUCCGCUUCUUCAACGUAACGCGGCUCACCUUUUGACGCCGAAGGCGCUUGUUGCCUCCAGAUGCCUUUCCUUGAAGCCAAACUUCUCCAAAUUUAAGCUCAAGAAGGACCCACCAGGCAAUAUUGUUGGAACUGUCAACGAUGCUUACAAGUUCCCUGAGCCAGAUCACUACCACGGUAGCAACCACUGGACAUAUGACAGAUUGCUUGCAAUGGGUCUUGUGCCCUUGACUGCAUUUCCAUUCGUAAUGGGCGUGGAGUUUCCUAUGGUGGAUUCGAUAUUUUGCUUGACCGUACUCCUUCAUUCAUACGCCGGUUUCAAGUCUUGCAUUAUUGACUAUAUCCCAGAAAGGGUAUAUGGAUUCUGGCACCGUGCGGCAAUGAAGUUGCUUACUCUAGGAACGGCAGUUUCAUUAUACGGCAUUUACAUUCUCGAGACCACCGAGAACGGUCUCUUUGACUUAGUGUCGAAGAUUUAUGGCUCUUAG